CGUUGGCGAAAUUUAUUAGAGAUGAGAGCGAGAUUGAUAGAUGGGGAUAUAAUGCGAAUAUAAAGGUAUCAUUAGACAAUCGUACGAUUGUUGUAUCCACGGAUAAUAGCUAUCUCUUGGUUUAUCACCUAACCGUCUCCAGCAAUAGCGUCUACAAGUACGUCAAUCAAAUGAGUUUGGUUAAUACUUUCAAAUCACAUCCUAACGUGAAAGAGCAUCAAUUACGUCUACAUAAAUGCUAUAAGAUUGUAGACGAUAUCUUCUCUUACGAAAUUACCUACAAUGAUAUCCUUAUCGCAACAAAGAAUUAUAUCAAAAUUAUCACUGUAAACAAAGGUGUUAAUGAAACUGCUUAUCAGAAUCUAAGUUGGUUGGAAUCUCCAGAUUCACCAAUAUGUCAUAUUAGCUUCUCCCAACACUUCAACUCCUUCAUUUUUAUCAGCCAGGAUGGCCAUGCAUAUUAUGCUCACCUUGAUAGUGAAUGGAAAGGUUGCUGUAUAGCUAAACCACCAACGACCGCAGUUGUGUCGUCAUUCAAUGAACAGUUUUCACUCAUUUCAAUAGGAACUUCAGAUGGAAAAGUACUGAAUUUCGCAAUACGUCCGAAUAACGAAGCACCGAUUCAAUCUCAUACGUUCUCUGAGAAUUCAACAAUUGGUGCUGUUAAACAAUUAAAUUGGACACAUGAUGGAUACGCUUUAGCAAUAGCCUAUGAAAACUCUUGGUCAAUCAGAUCCAUCUAUGGUAGGAUUUUAGUACCAACUUCGGAUGAUUUACUGUCUUUUAUACCAAAUUCUUCGCAAAGAAUACAGAAAUUUCAAGAUAGACACAUUUGGGGUUUAAAAAAUAUAUUCUGGGGUACGCAGUCACUAGAAAUAUACCUUCUUAUCAGAAAUGCUGAUGAAUCGCAUCAACUUUUUGUUAUACCUCUAGCAAAAUCUGCAGUAACAACUCAACAUUCACCAGAUAAUACGAGAUACGCAUUUUUACAAAUGUAUGAUAAGUUAUUAGUUUAUAGAGGUGCAGACCAAUCAGAUCUAUCAGUUAUAAAUCCAGAAUCUGAUGUUUGGGAAUCGAUAAAAAUACCAUUAGAUUACUUACAUACUCAAUUCCCUAUUAAAUACUCUUCGAUAAGUUCAAAUGGUAAAUUUGUUGCAGUAGCUGGGAGAAAUGGUUUGGCACACUACUCGACUACAUCGAAAAAAUGGAAAUUGUUUAAUAGUGAGGUUGAUGAGCAAAGUUUCAGCGUUUCUGGUGGUAUGGUAUGGUUUAACCAUAUUUUGAUAGCAAGUGUCAUUACCGAAACUAAUGAAUAUCAAUUACGGUUGUACUCAAGAGAUCAAGAUUUGUCAACUAGAGUUGUACUUUAUAUUGAAAAUAUACCCAGUCGUAUCUUACUAACAUCCUUAUUUGAAAAUGCUUUACUAGUUUAUACUGCUGACAACACAAUUCAUCAUUAUUUAAUUACACCAACAAACGACUCUAUUACGUUAAACCUUGCGAACAUAAUAAGUUUCCAAGGUGUUGUCAGUAAUCCUACAAGAGUAAGAGGAAUGUCAUGGAUGAUACCUCCAUCACAACGCAAACUAGGUGAUCCGAUUGAUGAUCUUACAGUUGCAACAAUAAUAUUCCUAAUUGAUGGAAAGCUUGUUUUAUUAAGGCCUCGAAGAAUCGCUCAAGAUCAGGUAAAAUAUGAUAUGCAGGUCUUAUCGGACGGUAUAGAAUAUUAUUGGACGCAUUUGAAUGGUAUUGGAGCUUUAGAAAAUAGUUUAUGGGGUGUUGACGGACAAGGAAUCAGAUUAUGGCUAGAUGCCCUCACACUUACACAAUCUGAACGAGAAAAAGCCCGUAAUUCUCAAAAUUCAAACCUCGAAAUUGUCAAAGAGAGUGUUCGUAUUGAGUUGGAUUUCUAUCCUCUAUCAGUAUUAAUGGAUAAAGGAAUUUUAAUUGGUGUUGAUCAUGAAGCUAGUCUAAGAGGGAAUUUACCUUUCAUAUCAUACAAGAUACACACUAAUACUCAUUUAUUCUUACAUCAUACUAUUAGAUUCUAUUUAAUGAGGGGAUCACUGAAAGAGGCUGUGAUAUUCGCCAACAAUUAUAGUGACCUAGUAUAUUUCCCACAUACUCUUGAAAUUCUGUUGCACUCAGUUCUAGAAGAGGAGGCUGAUGCGGAUGUGUCAAAUAAUCUAUUGCCUUUAGUAAUAGAAUUUCUAGAUCAUUGGGAUUGCGCGUUACAGGUUGUAGUUGGGUGCGCAAGAAAGACUGAGAUGAGUAGAUGGUCAUAUCUAUUUGAUGUGGUUGGAGCACCAAGAGAGUUAUUUGAGAAGUGCCUCAAGGCUCAUCAAUUGAAAACUGCCAGUAGUUAUUUGUUAGUUUUACAUCAUUUAGAACAACUUGAAGGUACCGAUGAUGCUUUCAAACUUCUUCAUAAAGCCUUAGUUGGUGGUGACUUGAUAUUAUCAAAAGAGAUAAUCAGGUUUUUACAUUCAAUAGAUCCAUCGGGAGUUUAUAUGCAGAACAUUAUGGAUUUGAUCGAUAACCUGAAGAAUACCUUACCAGAGAUCAGUAACAACAUACCUGUUAACGGAUUAAGUCAACUAGAUGAAGAGGACGAAUAUAAUCUGACAUUGCAAAGAACAUUUUCUGCUAGAAAAAGAGAAGGAUUGGGUAUUACACUAGAAGAAGAAUAGAUUUUUAAUUGUUAUUUUAUUUUUAGUGUUCUGAUGUAUUUAUUAAUGAAUAAUGUGGGGCCAGCUUUCGACAUUA